UUUCUAUUAAUAAAUCACAAUGUUGUGUCUCUUGUCUCUGAAUAGCAUAUCGGCGAAGGUUUACACGUGUGUGUAAUUAUUUAGUACAUAACACUAGUGAACAAUGUGGAAUUCCAAUAUGUGCUCCCGAAAUCUUUCAACUAUGAGCGUGCACUGUCGACUACCAUGACUACUGUGGAUUUAAGCGACAUGAAUUGAUAACUUUUCACGUAUUUUGGGUAAAGAACAUAAACGAGUUAAGUUUGCUGACGUAAUAAAGUUAUAAUGGCAACGGAUGGUUCAGAUUGGCAGUCGAAGCAUAGCAAGGUGACGGAGAGUAACAGAUACAUGCUGGAGCAUGAAUUAGACUGUGACAUUAACUUUAUUGUAGGACUGGAACGGAAGAGUAUGAAGGCCCACAAGUUUAUGCUGGUCUCUCGAAGCUGUGUGUUCUACGCCAUGUUGGCCGGACCCUUGGCCGAACAACAGAGGGAGGUGGAGCUGCCUGACGUUGAGCCUGAAGCAUUCGAACGCCUUUUGCAAUUCGUAUAUUGCGAGCAGACAUCCGUAGACGGGGACAACGUUCUCAGUGUUCUAUACUGCGCAAAGAAGUACCUGAUACGAGGCCUGAUUGAGAAAUGUCUGGCGUUCCUAAAAGGAGCAAUGUCAACAACAAAUAUGUGCAUUAUUAUGGAAAAUGCUCAUGUAUUCGCAGAUCAAGAGUUGCGCACACAGUGUCUGACGAAAAUUGUGUUGGAACCACUUCCGGUUCUGAACGACGAAUCAGUUACGGAACUCUGCUCAGAUUGCUAUAGUGAUAUUAUCAAAUCCAAUUCACUUCCGUUGAAAGAAAAUAUUGUAUUCGAUUGCCUUUUCAGAUAUGCCCAGUUGAAAUGCCAAAGGCUUGGGUUGGAAGAGACACCAGAAAAUAUGCGCAAAGAAGCUGGCAAUGCUUUGCUUCACGUACGUUUUCCGAUAAUGUCUUCUGAGUAUUUUAGUGAAAGAGUUGAACCAACGGGUCUUCUUUCAGAAGAUCAAACUAUGCAACUUUACAGAUUCUUUGCACGCAAAAAGACUGGUGAUGCUGGUGGUUUCGAGACAAAGGAACGGAUGCCUAUGUUUGUAGCGAGAAGGUUCAAACAUGUUACAUCGGGUUGGUCAUAUAGCGGUCAACGGGAAAAAGUGGAUGCUAUUACUUUCAUGUGUUCCAGAGACAUAAUUCUGAAAGGCGUGCAGUUGUACGGGACAGACCAGGGCCAAGGUCAGCUGUCAGUUAAUAUCCGGCUGGUACAGGAGCCGUACAGGGCAAAUAUGCUCAAUUUGCACAAGGUAUUGGAAACGGACGGAAAAGAACAGGUUUAUAGCGUUCUGUUUGAACAUCCGAAAACAAUCAAGAAAGAUAAACAGUACAGUUUUGAAAUAACCAUCGAAGGUCAAAAUACUUUCUACGGUGUUGAAGGACAGCCUGUUGUAGAGAGUGAAACCGUACAAUUUACGUUCUCAGAUAGCGCCAAGAGUACCAACACAACCAAUACAUAUAGAGGGCAGAUUCCAGGCAUAAUUUUCGACAUGAACAAAGAUCAGUCAUGAUCAGAACUUUAUUUUAAAUACCGAUUAAUUUUUAAAUACUGUAUAUUCGUUUUAACAUGUUUACGAUUUUAAAGAAGUCACAAACAUGCUUGCGCCCCUUUGAGAGUUUGACAUCUAAGAAAUUUGAUUAUAAAACUAAAGUCCAAUUGAGAAAUAGGGAUAAAGCUCAUGUGCGUCAAACUAUGAUAUUUUUAAACAUAUGAAUACUGUCCAGUAAAGAUAUGAUACAUUCUGAAAGUAUAACCACUGUCGUGUACGUCUGCAAAUAAGACAUAAGAAGUGGGUAAGAACAAACAUUUUUCUUCUGACUUUGUCCAUAGGUUUUUUUGUUAGCUAUAUUAAAUUAUACAACAAAUUAAUGUGUGAUGUGCAAUUGUGGAUACAGUAGAACGUAUUCUCGUACACAUCUUCAAAAUUUUCCUAUUUAAGUCUUCAGAGGCUAGAAGCUGUAGAGCUAUUUUUGUUAGGGUGAUUAAACAUGAAUUUGUCA